CUAGUCAGCCGUCAGCUGUCACAUCAUUUUCCUGUACCUUUCCUCCUCCUCAAGAUGGGAUCCAACAAGCCCCGUGGACUUCAAGCAGCUCGCAAGCUCCGCAACGACCGUCGUGAGAACCGCUGGGCGGACAAAGCCUACAAAAAACGGGCACUAGGAAACAUCUAUCGCACAUCCCCCACCGGUGGCUCGUCCCAUGCCAAGGGAAUCGUCCUGGAGAAGGUCGGUGUUGAGGCCAAGCAACCCAACUCUGCCAUCCGCAAAUGUGUGCGGGUGCAGCUCAUUAAAAACGGCAAGAAAGUUACUGCAUUCGUCCCGAAUGACGGUUGUCUCAACUUUGUCGAUGAGAACGACGAAGUACUGAUCUCUGGUUUCGGUCGACGAGGAAAGGCCAAGGGUGAUAUUCCCGGUGUCCGUUUCAAAGUCGUCAAAGUCUCCGGUGUUGGUCUUCUCGCUCUGUGGAAGGAGAAGAAGGAGAAGCCGAGAUCGUAG